AUGUCGGAACCUACAAAAAUUAGCAUCCUGGGCCGGGAAAGCAUCAUCGCUGACUUCGGACUUUGGCGCAACUAUGUGGCCAAGGACCUAAUCAACGACUGCCCCUCUACCACCUAUGUCCUCAUCACCGAUACGAACAUUGGAUCGAUCUAUACUCCCGGCUUCCAGAAGGCAUUUGAAGAUGCCUCCGCCGCCGUCUCUCCCUCCCCGCGCCUCCUCAUUUACAACGCACCCCCGGGCGAAGUCUCCAAGUCCAGACAGACGAAAGCUGACAUUGAGGAUUGGAUGCUGAGCCAGAACCCGCCAUGUGGCCGUGAUACUGUGGUUAUCGCUCUGGGUGGAGGAGUCAUUGGAGAUUUGACCGGAUUUGUCGCUUCGACCUACAUGCGCGGUGUCCGCUAUGUGCAGGUUCCCACCACUCUUCUGGCCAUGGUAGAUUCAUCAAUUGGCGGAAAGACCGCGAUUGACACUCCGCUAGGCAAGAACUUGAUUGGCGCGAUCUGGCAACCAACAAAGAUUUACAUUGACCUCGAGUUCUUGGAGACACUGCCGGUGCGAGAGUUCAUCAACGGCAUGGCCGAGGUCAUCAAGACAGCAGCCAUCUCCAGCGAAGAGGAAUUCACAGCGUUGGAGGAGAAUGCGGAGACAAUUUUGAAAGCGGUCCGUCGGGAGGUCAAGCCAGGACAACACCGUUUUGAGGGCAUUGAAGAGAUUCUCAAGGCGAGGAUUCUGGCAUCUGCGCGGCACAAGGCGUUUGUCGUCUCCGCGGACGAGCGCGAGGGUGGUCUCCGGAACCUUCUGAACUGGGGUCACUCCAUUGGCCAUGCCAUCGAAGCUAUCUUGACGCCGCAGAUUCUCCACGGAGAGUGUGUCGCGAUCGGUAUGGUCAAGGAGGCAGAACUGGCUCGCCAUCUUGGUAUUCUGAAGGGCGUUGCAGUUUCCCGCAUUGUGAAGUGUCUCGCUGCCUACGGGCUGCCCACUUCGCUGAAGGAUGCUCGGAUUCGCAAACUGACUGCUGGCAAGCACUGCUCGGUCGACCAGCUGAUGUUCAACAUGGCUUUGGACAAGAAGAACGAUGGGCCCAAGAAAAAGAUCGUCCUCCUCUCUGCCAUUGGAACUACCUACGAGCCUAAAGCCAGUGUUGUUGCCAACGAGGAGAUCCGCGUCGUCCUCGCCCCCAGUAUUGAAGUCCACCCAGGCGUCGAACAGUCCUCGAACGUCGUUUGUGCGCCUCCAGGAUCCAAGAGUAUCUCUAACCGCGCUUUGGUCCUCGCUGCCCUUGGUUCAGGCACUUGCCGAAUCAAGAACCUCCUACACUCCGACGAUACAGAGGUCAUGCUGAACGCCCUGGAAAGACUCGGUGCUGCCACUUUCUCCUGGGAAGAGGAGGGUGAAGUGCUGGUGGUGAACGGCAAGGGUGGAAACUUGCAAGCAUACCCCUCGCCGCUGUACCUAGGAAAUGCUGGCACUGCCUCCAGAUUCCUUACCACUGUCGCCACGCUUGCCAACACGAGCACUGUCGACUCCAGCGUUCUUACUGGUAACAACCGCAUGAAGCAACGCCCUAUUGGGGACCUGGUGGAUGCGUUGACCGCCAACGGAGCCUCCAUUGAAUAUGUGGAAAGGACGGGCAGUCUCCCUCUCAAGAUUGCUGCCUCGGGCGGUUUUGCCGGAGGAAACAUCAACCUGGCUGCCAAGGUGUCAUCUCAGUAUGUGUCUUCGCUGCUUAUGUGCGCCCCUUACGCCAAGGAGCCAGUGACGUUGAGACUGGUCGGCGGAAAGCCCAUUUCUCAACCUUACAUUGAUAUGACCACCGCAAUGAUGCGCUCUUUCGGCAUUGAUGUGCAAAAGUCGACCACUGAAGAGCACACUUACCACAUUCCUCAAGGUCGUUAUGUCAACCCUGCGGAAUACGUGAUCGAGAGCGACGCCAGCUCUGCGACCUACCCGCUCGCCGUUGCAGCGGUCACUGGUACUACCUGCACCGUUCCCAACAUUGGCUCGGCUUCACUUCAAGGUGAUGCCCGGUUUGCCGUCGAGGUCUUGAGGCCCAUGGGCUGCACAGUUGAGCAGACUGAAACCUCCACUACCGUCACUGGACCCUCGGACGGCAUUCUGCGACCCCUUCCUAACGUGGACAUGGAGCCCAUGACUGAUGCAUUCCUUGGUGCUUCCGUGCUGGCAGCCAUCGCCCGUGGAAAGGACGGAAACCACACCACCCGCAUCUACGGUAUUGCUAACCAGCGUGUGAAGGAGUGCAACCGCAUCAAGGCCAUGAAGGACGAGCUGGCCAAGUUUGGCGUUGUCUGCCGCGAACACGACGACGGUCUUGAGAUUGACGGAAUUGACCGCGCAACUCUGCGCCAGCCAUCCGGUGGUAUUUACUGCUAUGACGACCACCGAGUUGCAUUCAGUUUCAGUGUCUUGUCUCUUGUGACUCCCCAGCCGACACUUAUUCUUGAGAAAGAAUGUGUUGGAAAGACAUGGCCCGGCUGGUGGGACACCCUCCGCCAGCUGUUCAAGGUGAAGCUAGAGGGCAAGGAACUGGAAGAGGAAUCCGUGGCUGCCAGCGGCCCUGACAGGGCCAACGCUUCGAUUUACAUCAUCGGCAUGCGUGGUGCUGGAAAGUCCACAGCAGGAAAUUGGGUUUCCAAGGCGCUGAACCGACCAUUUGUCGAUCUGGACACAGAACUCGAGACUACCGAGGGCAUGACCAUCCCGGACAUCAUCAAGACGCGAGGCUGGCAAGGCUUCCGAGACGCAGAAUUAGAUAUCUUAAAGCGUUCUCUUAAAGAACGCCCCAAGGGAUAUGUCUUUGCCUGUGGUGGCGGUGUAGUGGAGAUGCCUGAAGCCCGCAAGCUGCUUGUUGACUACCACAAGACUAAGGGCAAUGUUCUGCUUCUCAUGCGCGACAUCAAGAAGAUCAUGGACUUCUUGUCAAUCGACAAGACCCGCCCCGCUUACGUCGAGGACAUGAUGGGCGUAUGGCUGCGACGGGAGCCGUGGUUCAAGGAAUGCAGCAACAUCCAGUAUUACAGCCGGGAUGCCUCACCAACCGGGCUGGCUCGCGCGUCCGAGGACUUUAACCGGUUCUUGCAAGUUGCGACCGGGCAGAUCGACAGCCUCAGCAUCAUCAAAGAGAAGGAACACUCUUUCUUUGUGUCUCUGACUCUGCCUGAUUUGCGUGAAGCCGGUGAUAUCCUCGAGGAGGUGUGCGUUGGGUCUGACGCCGUGGAGCUGCGAGUCGAUCUGCUCAAGGAUCCCGCCUCAAACAGCGACAUCCCCUCGGUCGACUAUGUCGUGGAGCAGCUGUCCUUCCUACGAAGCCGCAUCACACUGCCUGUCAUCUUUACCAUCCGUACUCAGAGCCAGGGCGGUCGAUUCCCCGAUGAAGCCCACGACGCUGCGCUGGAGCUGUACCGCCUUGCUUUCAGAUCUGGAUGCGAGUUCGUUGACCUCGAGAUUGCCUUCCCUGAGGACAUGCUACGGGCCGUUACGGAAAUGAAGGGAUCCUCCAAGAUCAUUGCGUCCCACCACGAUCCCAAGGGCGAGCUUUCAUGGGCUAAUAUGUCCUGGAUCAAGUUCUACAACAAAGCGCUCGAAUACGGUGACAUUAUCAAGCUGGUUGGCGUCGCCCAGAACCUUGACGACAACACAGCUCUGCGGAAGUUCAAGAACUGGGCCGCUGAAGCUCACGACGUCCCUCUCAUCGCCAUCAACAUGGGUGACCAGGGUCAACUGAGCCGUAUCCUCAACGGCUUCAUGACACCUGUCUCUCACCCUAGUCUGCCAUUCAAGGCUGCCCCUGGUCAGCUCUCCGCCACUGAGAUCCGCAAGGGUCUGUCCCUCAUGGGCGAGAUCAAGACCAAGAAGUUCGCCAUCUUCGGUAGCCCCGUCUCCCAAUCCCGCUCCCCGCCCCUCCACAACACGCUCUUCUCCCAAGUCGGCCUCCCCCACAACUACAACCGGCUCGAGACCGCCGUCGCCCAAGACGUGCAGGAGUUCAUCCGCUCCCCCGACUUCGGCGGCGCCUCCGUCACAAUCCCGCUCAAGCUCGACAUCAUGCCCCUCCUCGACGAAGUCGCAGCCGAAGCCGAGAUUAUCGGCGCCGUCAACACCAUCAUCCCCGUGCCAACCGGCAAGAACACGCCCGCCCGCCUGGUCGGCCGCAACACCGACUGGCAGGGCAUGAUCCUGUCCCUCCGCAACGCGGGCAUCUACGGCCCCAAGUCCAAGGAACAGACACAGUCCGCCCUCGUCGUCGGCGGCGGCGGCACCGCCCGCGCAGCCAUCUACGCCCUCCACAACAUGGGCUACUCGCCCAUCUACAUCGUCGGCCGCACGCCCGCCAAGCUGCAGAGCAUGGUCUCCACUUUCCCGAGCAGCUACAACAUCCGCAUCGUCGAGAGCCCCGCCAACUUCGAGUCCGUCCCCCACGUCGCGAUCGGCACAAUCCCCGCGGACCAGCCGAUUGACUCGGCGAUGCGCGAGACGCUCUGCUCGAUGUUCGAGCGCGCGCAGGAGGCAGACGCCGAGACCGUCAAGUCUGUCGAGCAUGCGCCCCGCGUGCUGCUGGAGAUGGCGUACAAGCCGCAGGUAACCGCGCUGAUGAGGCUGGCGUCUGAUUCCGGCUGGAACACGAUUCCGGGGCUGGAGGUUCUGGUUGGUCAGGGGUGGUACCAGUUCAAACACUGGACGGGUAUCUCGCCGUUGUAUGAGAGUGCUAGGGCUGCGGUUCUAGAAUCUGAGUAG